UUACAUUAAAUGUCUAAUAAGGAUGAUAAUGGAAAUAAACAGUGUGCUUUUCGAUGGGCCUGUAACUAGUGGAGUCCAUUCGUUGUCCAGCAAGCUGAAUCAUUUUAUCGAAAAUUGUCUCUGAUAAAAAUAUAUGUAUAUAUGUAUAUAUGUACACAAUAAUGAUAAAUACAGGCAGGACGGUAACGUGAAAUUCACCGUUCUCUCGGCUUUCCCGUUAAUCAGACGAUUGUUAUUCAACAGCGCAGGUGUUACGAUCUACGAGUCUCACGAAAAUGAAGAACAUAAUUGCUGACUUGCCGACAGGUCCUCUAGACACUUAUAGAAAACGUGCUACGUUCGAUUGGAAAUUGUUGAAACUAAAUUUGGAAGGAGAAGACUUCAUAAAAUUUCAGAAUACUCUAUGGAAUUUCAUACGAAAAACACCUGUGUUCGAAAAACCCGCUUCUGCUACGUUGGACGAGGAACGAAGACUCUGUCAUAAUCGACUUAACGCACUUGCUGAUAACAGUAUUGAUCCAUUGACCCAUAGAUACUGGUUCAAUGUGCUCUUCCAAUACGAUGCUUCGACACCCGUAAAAAUGGGUGUGAUGCAAGGCAUGGUGCCAAGUGUACUUUUUGCUUUAGGAACAAAAGAUCACUAUGAUGUUGCAGAGAAGCUGCAAGAGCGCAAAUACACAAGCUGUUUCGCGCUGACAGAAAUAUCUCAUGGAACAAAUGCAAAGGGCAUGAGAACCACAGCAACGUACGAUGUGCAAUCGAAAAGCUUUAUCAUACACACUCCCGACUUUGAGGCUGCAAAGUGUUGGGCUGGCGGUUUAGGAAAAACUGCUACGCACGCUAUUACUUUUGCUCAAUUAAUCACACCUGAUAGACGGAAUCAUGGUCUUCACACAUUUGUUUUGCCCAUACGAGAUCCAUACACCCAUCUUCCUUUGCCAGGUGUGAUUGUGGGCGAUAUGGGCGAGAAGAUUGCAAUAAACGGGGUGGACAAUGGGUUUGUAAUGUUCGAUAAUUAUCAUGUUCCCCGAAAAUGCUUGCUGAAUCGAACGGCAAGCGUUACAGAGGAUGGGACAUAUGUAACAUCGGUAAAAAACGAAAGCAAAAGAUUCGGUGCAUCGUUGGGUGCAUUGUCGUCGGGUCGUGCUACGAUCACAUCUAUAACCACAAAUAUUGCGACUGUUGCAAUGGUGAUCGCAAUUCGAUAUUGCUCUGUAAGGAAACAAUUUGGACCGUCGGAAUCUGAGGAAUGGCCAGUUAUAGAAUACCAAGCACAGCAAUGGCGAUUGUUUCCUCACUUGGCAGCAAUAUAUGCAUUAAAAAUCUUUUCCUCUGCGUUUGUCGCUCAAAUGGCCGAAUUUCAAUUGAAACUAAUGAAUGGAACAAAUGACGAGAAUAUGCAUAGCGAAGGUAUGGAGAUCCAUGCAUUAUCUUCUGCAGCGAAACCUGUCUGUUCAUGGACUACCCGAGAUAUUAUUCAAGAUUGCAGAGAAUCUUGUGGGGGACACGGGUACCUAAAAAUGUCACGCUUGGGCGACUUAAGGGCUGAAAAUGAUGCAAAUUGUACAUACGAGGGUGAGAAUAAUGUAUUAAUUCAGCAAGCCAGUAAUUGGUUGCUGAACCAAUGGUCAAACAUGCGUAAUGGAAAGUCCGUUAAUUCUCCUCUUGGAACGGCACUUUUCAUAAAUGGUGCCGACAAGAUUUUACUGCAAAAGUUCUGUCAUUCAACAAUUCAGGAAACAUUGAAAAUAGAAAAUCUACUAAUAUCCUUCGAAUGGCUAAUUUGCUAUUACUUAAAAAGAACUUAUGAAAGGACAAAAUAUUUUAAAGGCGAAGGCUGCAAUGAUUUUGAAACUAGAAAUAAUAUACAAGUGUUUUUUGCACAGACAUUAUCAGUGUUAUAUGGACAGUAUGCCGUGAUGAAAUACUUCAUAAAACGUAUACAUAAUCCUUCGUGGAGAUCUGAAGAAUGUACUGUGUUAACGAAAUUGUGUUCACUUUAUGGAGCAGUUGCUCUAGAAAAAAGAUUAGGAGACUUUUAUGCUGGUGGUUAUGCGGCGCCUACGAGUAAUAUGGAGAACUUCCUGCGAGAUGGCAUUAUAAUGUUGUGUAAAGAUUUAGUUAAUGACGCAGUAGCUCUAGUCGAUGUUCUAGCACCGCCAGAUUUUGUCGUAAAUUCACCAUUAGGAAUGGCAGAUGGCGAGGUAUAUAAACAUAUUAAAGAAUGGAUUUUCAAGAAGAAAGAGAAUCUAGAACGACCAACGUGGUGGAAAGAAAUUACACGAUCUAAAUUGUGACGUGUACAUAUAUAUAAUUAACUU